AUGGAUCGCGCCGCAGACCCAUCCUUUCAAAAGACGGUCAACCAUAAGCGCCUUAGGUCCAGCAGCGACGGUACGGACCCCACGAUCCAUGAACCGCUAGCGAAGAGAGCCAAGGUCGACUCCGCGGAGGACCAUUCCCUUGGAUUGCACACGUCCUUGACGGCGAACCAAGAGCCAGGACACAUGACUUUGGGCCUCGGAAAGCCCUCGUCCCAGCAGUCGGCUGACCGCACCAUCUUCCGCUGGAACGAUCUACCGGGCGAACUGAAGAAUCAAAUCUACGCGUACGCCCUCACAGACCCUGCGCCGAUUUCCGGUACCUACCCGUGGAAGCGUGCCGAGCGCGAUGACCUGCUUGUCAAUCUUCUCCUGGUCAGCAAGGAAAUAUACGCCGAGGGUGCGCCCAUCCUGUAUGGCGCAAACACCUUCCGCUUCAGCGCUUGCCAGUCAGUCGAGAAGUGGCUGGACCAGAUUGGCACGAACGCGGCGAAGUGGGUCAAGAACAUCACGUUAGAACUGGACCACCCAUGGGCGGUCAGACGCGCACAUAGCAUGCACAUUCGACUACGUGCGGUCGAAGCGCUCGACAACUUCGUUGUCGUCAACAAGUGUUCGCACCCUUUGAAUGCCUUGGAGGCUUCCGUGUGGAUCAACCAGUUGGGCGAAGCUAGUCAGUGGCUUCUGGAGCUGGGCGAUAACAAAGCCGACCGCGAUGCUGCCAUCGAUCACAUCUUCACGCAUGCGGGCAGCUAUGAUACGCUCAAGCCCUGGAUUCCAGGAGAGGUGUGGGGGAGGCACUUUGCCGUGGUCGUGUCAGCGGUGGAGGAGAGCCAGAAGAUCAAGCUGCGUGAUGGUCUUAAGCUUCAAGCCUCUCUUAACGCGCGUCGGUUGCAUUAG